AUGGCUGCCACGGAGCGCACGAGUAGGCGCCUGGUCCCGGGCGACGCGCACGCCACGCCGGCGGUCGGCCCCGCGUCGUCCGGCUCCGGCUCGGGCUCCGGAGGCGGGCGGGCACAGGAGUUCAACCUGUCCUCGGGCGCGGCCACGGCCGUGGUGUUCGUCUCCAUCCUGCUCUGCUUCAUCCUCCUCUGCACCUACUGCCGCUGCGCGCGGCAGCGGGCCGUCGCGGGGGCGCGCCGCCGCGUCAUGCGCGACCUCGUCCCGGGCGUGGCGCUCUUCCUCCGCCCCACCGCGGCCGCGCUGCCGCCCGUGGUGCCGUACGCCGCGGCCGCCUGA